UUGAAUGUUAACUGCAGGUAAUAUAUGGACGGAGAAAACAAAGAGCUGUAUGUCAUUUAUUAAGACAUUCCUGUCUGCAUUGUCCCGUCCAUUUGGCGGGAGUCUCCAUGACAACGCCGCUUUCUUUAAUAUGGAUUCGCGUGCAUCAACCGUGAGAACUGUUGCGUGUGGUGUUGGUAACCUUUGUCUCCCGGACGUUCAGUUUUAUUCCAUACUAUUGACGACUUUAGAGGGAAUCUACCAACCAAACAGCGAUAAUGAUGUAGAAGAGGCGCUGUACGGACCAUCAGACAAUCCACUUCCAGUUCUCGAUCUUUUAGAACAGGAAAUGGCGAUGUCUGCAAGUGGCGUCGUAAAGAUUUACUUAGAAUCAAAGGAUGACCUUAAUGCCCUCUAUCCUAUCAUAAAGAUACUGAUGACCUACAAUCGUAACGUAAAUGAAGUCGAAUUUCACCUUAUGACAGGGAUAUCUCACACAUGGGUAAUCUCCUCUUUGAAGAAUAAGAUGCAGAGAUGGUCUACUUCCGUCUGUCCUUCUCGCAGCAGGAUAGCGGUUGCACCAUACAAACUAAUUGACAUACCGGAAGAACGACGUAAAAGAUCCGUUGGUGAAACUCCCAAGAUAUUUCGUUCGAAUCUCCGCGAUGCCGAACUUGCAUGGUUAAUGCGGAAUUAAAAGAUACAAUUUGGUUUCAAUUGUAUCAGUUACUAUUUUAUGGAAAUGAUUAACAACAAUGGAAUUCAUUUAAAUGAUGUUAGCGAUGCAAUACAACAGUUACUUUUUUUUUUAAAUGAAAGUAUUUCACUUGUCUGAUUGAUUAGAUUAUAAUUUUAAUUGUGCUUUAAUCAAUAGCUAAACAGGAAAAACACAGGGAUUUGUCACAUAUGCGGGGCGGAAAUCUUGUAAAACAGCUACUAUAACUCAAGCACAAUAUGCUUAAGUGAUAUAUGGAAACAAGGGAAUGAAGAAAUAAGACAAAGGAACCACGAAAAAAGGAUAGAAAACGAUGUGUAGUCCUGCUGAGUAUUUGAAUAGAUUUCAUUAUACAAUAAUUUUGAAAAAAAAAGCAUGCAAGCUCGUAAUCAUAAUGGAAGAAAUGACACUUAAAGCCAAAUUACUAAAUAUUGAACAUGCAAAUACCAUUAAAUCGUAUUUGUUAUAAUGUAUUGGUAAUACUAAAUAUCAAAUCUUUACUGCGGGUAUAUUGAUACAUUCAAAUCGUGAAAAUAUAAAUGGGAACUAAUCGUUUACCAAAAGUACAUACAUUUAUACUAAUGCAUUAACAAGAGGAAAGAAAUAUUCGAAACUGGAAACGAACUCAAUUCUAAUCAUGAACACUGGGAUACUACCUAUGGAAAUGUCGACAUCAAAUAGAUCUGUGGUGGAACACUUUUAUUAAUUUCAUUUUUACGCUGAUUGAUGGUUGUAUUCUCGGUAAAAUAUUUGCAAAAAUAAUCUUACGUAACAAUGUAUAAAACGACAUCAUAAUAUAAUAGUACUCAAUGUUUACACGCUGUAUAUAGCAAACCUUCUUCGUUUAAUCAACAAAUAAACAUUUACUGUAGUCCAAUAGCUUGCUAUAUACCACUAACAUUUUCGACCUGUAUGUCAUUGUUAUAUCGAUUUAUAAUGAUAUAGCAUCCUAGGUUUAAACGCAUGAGUUUGCUCAAUGUAAACCUCAUCAUAUGCAAUGCGUUGGGGCGGUCACGCAGUUACUGAUUGUGAACAAUAACAAUCGAAUAUAAAACGCUAGUAAAUUACCUGGUCUGUUAUUUAUGCUUCCAGAAUACUCAUUACAAGAAUCGAAAUCAUGUAUAGUGUAAAAUGUAAUAAAAAUCCGUCUUAAGAUUUAACUGUUUCAGACCUGUUACGAGCUAAAGACAAGAAUUCGAUCUAAGUAAACUUUCAUUAUUUUUUAUUCAAUUGUUAAUUGUUCCGACAUAUCACAUAUAUAUUGCAUGUAACUUUGCAUUGACAGGUAAUUGAACAUAUUUUAGUGUAGAUUUAUGUAUCCAGUUGUGACAAUCGUAUUAAUAAUCAGUAGUGUUUCGAUUAUACAUUUGUGCUAUAGUGUGUGCCAUUUUCAUAAGGUGAUAUUUUCAUACGUAUUUAUUUUAUUGGUUAUUUUUUGGUUUUGUUUUGUUUUUGAUUGCUUUUUAUUCUCAACAGGUAUGCUGUAAAAUCUUACUUAGGUUACAUCAGUCAUACACGUUUUAAUUUACCAUAAACAACGAUGACGUAAAUUACCAUGUACACCUGUGUAAUGAUUGUGAUUUGAAACUUACAAAUAAUGGAUUGUUGUGUAAAUAAUUUCCAAUUAAAGUGAAUUAGUUUGUCAGUAUAAGCUUUCACGUGAAAUAUGUGAGAUGUAAUUAUUUUGUACUAAUAAUGAUUUUUAACUAUGAUAAUCAACUUUAAACAGUUAAAUUAAAAAUCAUUGCGCCAAUCUGCCCUCAAUGAUCGGCCGUCAUCAACAGAUCAUAUACACACAGGUGAAGUUAUGAAAUACAGCAUGGUAGUGAUUCAUAUUGAAAAAUAACAUGUAAACAUAAUAAACACACUGUUUCUACAAAUUU